AUGGUAGUUGGCAGCAUGAUGAUGCCAAAAUAUGCGGAUCCUAAGACAAUAUACACACCAAAAGACAUGUUGUCAGAACAUGGUGUGAAUUUAACAUACAUGCAAGCUUGGAGAGCAAAGGAAAAGGCUUUGGAAUUUUUGAGAGGUCAUCCUGCUGAUUCCUACAGUCACUUGCCGAUUUAUUUGUAUAUUCUGGAGAAGACUUAUCCUGGGUCGAUAGUGAAAUUUUCUGUUGCUGAAAUUGAAUUUCUUUUUGCUACCUAUGUGAUAAGUAGCAUAUUACCACUAGCAUACGCCGUUGUUGAUUCAGAAAAUGACGCAUCAUGGAGGUGGUUUUUUGAGAAAUUCAAAUAUGCAUAUGGUGAAAAACCAAAUAUAUGUGUAGUUUCAGACCGAAAUGAGAGUAUAUUGAAGGCAACAUCUACUGUUUAUACCGGCAUGCCACAUUAUACUUGCAUGUGGCAUAUUUGGAUAAAUAUAAGGUCAAAGAUCAAGAAGGCUCAUCUAAAGUUAAGCGAAUUGUACUUUGCCAUGGCACAAUCAUACACGCUUGAUGAAUUUAAUGAAAGAAUGUCAACAAUUGAAGAGAUCGACACACAUGUUAAAGCAUUCCUAUACGAUAUUGACUAUCACAGAUGGUCUCGGGUAUAUGCUACGGUGAACAGAACAUGGACGAUGGCAUCAAACUUUUCAGAGUCCUUGAAUGCAGUGAGGGCUUCAACAAAUUAUAUCCAUACUGUGAUAGAUGGUGUGAAGCGCUUCAUUGUUUGCCUUCAAAACAAGAGAUGUAGUUAUGGACAAUUCCAGCUUGAUGAACUUCCUUGUCCACAUGCUUUGGCGGCUUUGAGGCACAGGAGCGAGUCUUAUGAAAACUAUUGUUCUCCUUAUUAUACGAGGGAGAGACUUCUGCAGACUUAUGAAAUACCAGUAGACCCGUUGCCUGAUAAAAGCAAAUGGAAUGUGCCGCAAUAUAUAGCAGAAGAAGUUGUAAUGCCACCUACUGGGAAAAGGCAGCCAGGGAGACCUCAAAAAUAA